AUGUUCUCCAUCAACGAGACAGUCAGUACUCCUGCUUUCCUCCUCACGGGCUUUCCUGGGCUAGAGAAACACUACACCUGGAUUUCCAUCCCCAUCUGCUCCAUGUACCUCACAGCCAUCGCGGGAAACUGCACCAUCCUCUUCAUCAUCAAGAUGGACCAAACCCUCCAUGAGCCCAUGUACUAUUUCCUCUCCAUGCUGGCCAUGACAGACCUGGGACUAUCCUGUGUCACUCUGCCCACCAUGCUGAGAGUUCUGUGGUUCAACCACCGCACAAUUGGUUUCAACACCUGCCUGGUCCAGAUGUACUUCAUCCAUACUUUCUCUAUUCUUGAGUCAGGCAUUCUAAUCUCCAUGGCCUUUGAUCGUCUGGUGGCCAUCCGGAACCCUCUGAGAUAUACAUCUAUCUUGACCAACAGAAACAUCAUCAAGAUAGGAGUGGGGGUUGCCCUUCGGGCUGCCCUUCUUGUGUUCCCAGCCUCCUUCCUCCUGAAGAGGCUACGGUAUGGAAAAGAGAAUGUGCUCUCUUAUUCAUUCUGCUUGCACCAGGAUAUUCUGAAGGUGGUGCGUUCCAACAGGAAAAUUAGCAGCAUCUAUGGCUUGAUGGUGGUGAUCUCCUCCAUGGCUCUUGACUCUGUGUUGCUGGUUUUUUCCUAUAUCAUGAUCCUCAAAACCGUGUUGAGCAUUGCCUCCAAGCAGGAGCGCCUUCGGGCCUUGAAUACUUGCAUCUCUCACAUCUGUGCUGUCCUCACUUUCUAUAUCCCAAUGAUUGGCCUCUCUAUGAUCCACCGCUAUGGGAAAAAUGCCCCACCCAUUGUCCACAUCCUCAUGGCCAAUGUGUACCUUCUGGUGCCACCAUUGAUGAAUCCCACUGUGUACAGUGUGAAAACCAAACAGAUUCGAACAAGGAUAGUUAAACUGUUUCAGAAGGGCAAAAGUUAA